AUGAGUGAGCUCUUUUCACCUCUACAAUCCACUACUCUCCGCUCCAGCAGCAGAAGCAGCAGCAGCGACGACGGGAACAACGACGACGACGACGACGACGACGAGGACGGCGUACUGAAGUUCCAAUUAGCUAAUUCUGGCAAGUGCGGUACCUAUCCUGAAAGCCCCCCCCUCCCUCCCCUUGUCUCCAUAUCCUCCACCCCUAUUUGCCACCUACUGCGGUGGAAACGACCUAUUGCACUCUAA